GACUCGGAACAAAGAAUGAUCAUAGAAAUAAAAUAAAUUUCUUGAUCAAAGUUAGCUUUCAGGACUGAACUGAUUCUACUUAUGCAAUCCUGUGAAAUUUUGAUGGAGUUUGAAAUAUUGUUGAUUGCAGGCUAUUAUGAAGUGCCUUGAGGAGGACAUAAUUGAGGCUGGAAUUCAAGAGCGACGAAUAGCCUUAGGAAAAGGCAACAUUGGCAAAGAUGGUGUGCCGUACGUGACUGUAAUUGCAGAUGGUGGCUGGUCGCAUCGCAGUUACGGCCACAAAUAUACGGCCAAAUCAGGCUGCGCCAUUAUAAUUGGUAAGGAAACGAAGAAAAUUCUAUACUUCGGAGUACGAAACAAGUACUGCAGUGUCUGUGCUAUAGCUCAGGGUAAAAAAGUGGCCAUCCCAGAACACAACUGCUACAAAAACUGGGAUGGGACCAGCCCAGCUAUGGAAGCUGACAUCAUUGUGGAAGGCUUCAAUAAAAGUGAAGAGAUGCACAAAAUAACAUACAUGUACCUUAUUGCAGACGGUGACUCAAGUGUGCACAAGAGUGUAAUUGAGCGUGUGUCUUAUGGACAUGAAGUGCAGAAGCUUGAAUGUGUUAACCACCUGAUGAAAAAUGUCAGUAAGAGAAUUUAUGAAUUCCAAGCCACUCUGAAGGAUGACACCGAGAAAAAGUUCUUGACCAACAAAAGAAUUAAGUGGUACACCAAGUAUGCUCGCGGCCUGUUGGAGGAACUGUCCAAAAACAAAGAGCCCCAAACUGAAGUGGUUGCAGUUAUCACCAAUAUGAGCAAUCAUUUCCUUGGGAAUCACAGAGACUGUCGUGCCAGAUAUUGCCGCAAAGCUGGCACAGAGGAAAAAACAGAGUUUCCACCUUCUUUUUUGGUGCCCCUGGCCAACAUUCUGAGCAGCCUCACAAAUCAUACUACCAGUAUUAUAGAGAAUGAAACAACAAACUUAGCUGAGCUGUACAUGCACCUGUUGACUGUUUUCACAGGUGCAAAAGCUGUAUUCUAUGGCAGGAGGUCAGGGUUUAUACUCCGCUCCUCUGCAGCUUGCCUUCUCUUCCAACACAGCCACAGUUGGAGGAGUCGCCUAUACAGGCACAUGUAUCAGCGAGACCCCCCCAAGUGGCUGCAGGAUUUCGAGGCCAAACGAGCACGCAAGUUGCUGGAGCAGGCCAGGAAGAGGGAGGAAAACUCUCAAAGACGCUCCUUUGUUCAAUACUUUUGGGACAAUGACAUCAAUUCUGAUGGUGAGGCAAGCUCUCAACCUCGCCAGAAUCUGGGCGCUGAUUACGGCAUACACAGCCAACAGCCAGACCUUCCACCUGCAACACUGGAGAGAAAAGUCCAAGAGCACUUGAGACUGCUCCAAGUUGAUGAGGACGAGAGGAAUGCCAUUGAGAAGGAAACAGUUGGACAGUCAACUGGGCCCAACAAAACGAAGUGGGAAGGAAGGCGGAAAUAUCGAACAACUGCAUCUUGGUUUGGGGCCAUUUGUCUCCUGACAGGGUUUCCAGGAGACCAAGUCUACAGGAUGUUAAAUUCAAAAGAUAUUGACACAGAUGCUACCCGCUGGGGUAAAACCAAGGAGAAAGUGGUGCGACAGGAGUUUGAGAGGAUGACCGGCUUGCAGGUAGACGAGUGUGGACUUUUUGUCUACAUCCCGAAAGGAUAUCUCGCUGCCUCUCCGGAUGGACUCAUUCACGCUGAAAAAGCCACAAUUGAGAUCAAAUGCCCGUACAGAUUUCGAUUCACCACCAUAAGCAAGGCACUGACAUCAAAGCCGAAGCCUCAAUUUUACGCCAGUGUUGUAGACGGCCAAUUGAAGCUGAAUGAGCUUCACCCUUACAUGUUUCAGAUUCAGGGCCAGUUGGCAAUCACAUCGAGAGAUAAAUGUUAUUUCAUAGUCUGGACACCCCAGGAACUCCUGUACCAAGUCAUUGACUUUGAUCUCUCGAUGUGGAAUGAAAUGCUUCCAAUCUUGGUUGACUAUCAUACGAACCACAUGGUUCUGGAAAUCGUUGAUAGUCGGAAAAGCCGGAACAUGCCAAUCCGCCACAGCAAAAACGAUCCUGGAGCAAAGAAGGUGGAGUGGGGUGAGAAGUUCAAAAAGAAGAAGCAAAUAGUCAAGGCUCAAGCAGCAUCAGUCUCGCACGACCAUCCAUUUGAGAUUCUUCGCCGUCCCAGAAUCACUGAACUGCCUGCCUCCAAGACGGCACACGACCAUUCGUACAUAAAGAGGCUCACGGUGUCACGGCAGAAAAAGAGCAACGAGCGCCUACAAGCAUCGCCUCAACAAAUUCCGCAUACAAUGGUCCAUUUGCGGAGUGCUAACCACGAAAGCUCACUACAAUUGGAGAUAGGGAACAUCCAGCUGAUGAACACCUGCGGCUUUGACAGCCUAGCAACCAUAGUGGCAAAUGCCAUAAGGGACUAUGAGUUUUAUGCCACCCUAGCAGCCCAGGCGAACAACCCUCUUCUUGAAUUCAGUUCUCUGAUGGUCAACGGAGAGAGCAAGGAAAGGCUCCGGGAAUGUCGAGCAAAGAUACUGAUAGAACAUGAGAUUGGAAGACGAGAUGGAGACUUUUUCUGUUGCGAAUCCUUCAUGGAGAACGUUUGCUUCCUUCUCGCAUCCACCCCUAGUGCUGAGCAAGUGCGAUCCUGCACCAGAGAGGAAUGUUUGGCAGUGCGGAACCUUCUCCUUCCCUGCAUUAAGCUACCCGAUGAGAAUUUGCUUGACUUACCUCAAUUACAAAGGGUUUUGACCGACUGGACGAUGGAACGGUUCGAUGAGUGCCCUCAUUGCAAACAAGAGCUGGCCUUGACUUCAACUAAGUUGGGACAUCAUCUCUUCAUCCUCACAGACAAGCUACAAGACGGAUUUAUGCAAGUCAUCGCUCCAACGCGAGACACAACAUUCAAGAUCUCAAACCUGCAAGAGGAAAUCCAGAUUUCUGAUGAGAGGUUUGUUUUAGCAGGAGUGGUCGAAUUUCUAGGGGAAAUUGACACAACGGAUAUCGGGCACUUUAGAGCCUACGUGAGGAGGAAAAGUGGCCAAUGGGAACUGCACGACGAUAGGUACAUGGGCCCAAAAGCGAAUCCGGUGAUAAAUCGCAACAUAAAUCCUCAGUUAAUUGCCUACAUUAGGCUUCAGGACAAGUGAACGAUUCCUUUAGAUGAACGGCUAGCAUUUGAUAGUUGGAGUUAGACUACUUACAGCUGAGAGGAUUGUUUCUCCACCAUUGUCGGGCAGUCUUCGUCAUUCAUCAUUCUUCAAGCGUUUUGCCCUCACUAAUUUUUGUAGAAUUCUUGUUCUCCUGAAUUUUAAC